AUGUCAGGAGACAGUGACUGCACCAGGACAAGUCCAUCCGCGGGGUCUCCAUCGGACAAUGAGUUCUUGCCAGAUCGGCCAAAGUAUGUUUGCUCGCUGUCUCCUGAUCUCAUUACCAAAGCCCGGGAAGAGCUCCAAGAGAAACCUGAAUGGAGGCUCCGUGAUGUGCAGGCGCUCCGAGAUAUGGUGUGCAAAGACUAUCCCUCCCUGGGGACCUGCCUGGACGAUGCUUUUUUGCUAAGAUUCCUCAGAGCCAGGAAAUUUGAUUAUGAUCGAGCACUUCAGCUUCUGGUGAACUACCACACCUGCAGGAGGAGCUGGCCUGAGGUCUUCAAUAACUUGAAGCCGUCCGCAAUAAAGCCUGUCCUAGAGUCUGGUUUUGUCACUGUGCUGCCUCGUCUGGACCCAGAGGGACGCCAUGUCGUCUGCAUCCGUCCAGACAGAUGGACACCCAGUAAUUAUCCGAUUACUGAGAACAUUCGUGCCAUAUACUUAACGUUAGAAAAACUCAUUCAGUCCGAAGAGACCCAGGUGAAUGGAAUUGUAAUCCUGGCAGACUACAAAGGAGUCAGCUUAUCUAAGGCGUCUCAUUUUGGUCCUUUUGUAGCCAAAAAAGUGAUUGGAAUUCUUCAGGAUGGAUUCCCCAUUCGAAUAAAAGCUGUUAACAUAAUAAAUGAGCCUCGUAUAUUCAAAGGCAUUUUUGCAAUCAUCAAGCCUUUUCUGAAGGAAAAGAUAGCAAACCGGUUUUUUCUUCAUGGCUGUGAUCUGAAUUCCCUUCAUCAAAACAUUCCUCCAGUGAUCCUUCCUGAAGAGUAUGGUGGUACUUCAGGGAAGCUGGACAUCUCUGCAUGGAAUGAGCUGCUGCUAGCCUCUGAAGAGGACUUUCUGCAUGAUUUCUCACAGCUGGUUCUCCCAUGUGACAGCUCUCCCCAUGACAUGCUAGUGAGUGGGGAUGCUGAUGAAACACAGUGUGAUGAUUCUCUGCGAGGCAUGAAACCUCAGCUCUAUUACUGUUAUUAAGAAACCAGUGAAGGGAAGUUUUCCAGCAUAGUUAAGAUAUGUUCUGAUAGGUGAUGUUGUGAACUCUGCCUUACUUCUAAACCUGCAGUUUAGGAACAGACCGCUGAGGCACUUUACACUGUAGAACCAAAGGAAGCUGAAGGGGGCACAGUGGGGGCAGGGCAGAGUUCAGGGAGGAUAAAGGCAAAGAGCACAAGUUAUGUAGAAUACUGGAGGCCUAUCAGCCUCUGUGUGAAUGAUGCAAACUGGCCUAUUCUUUCGAAUGAUAAAGAAAAAAUUGCAGGAUGGUAAGCUUGAUAGUUUCUUAUCCCCUCCCCACAUAGGUGAAAAGUGACGAUGAUGAUUUACUAGCUUUGUGACCAUCUGUUCCCUUCCCCUUCUGCAAACACCAGUAAUCCAAGACAAGAAAAUUGCUUUUGAACCCUGCAAAAUGCAGUUCUGUCAGUGAAGAUUGCUUAAAAACAUAAAAGUCUAACUUGGCCUGUCCUCCGUCACUUGGUUCAGAUUGCGAGUUGGCAUUUCUGAAAUCUCUCAAUGAAUAUUUGUCUCAAAUUAAUACAGAGCAAAACUAUCUUAUCCAUGAAUAUCAGUAUGGAGAUCAUCUCUGAAACUUCCUCACAGUAGGAAGAACUAUAACUGGUGGAUUAACUACUACAACAUCUAUGCCAAGGCUUAUUAUAAACAGAUGCAAUCUUCAUUUUCAGAAAAUAGGAAGUUUUUCAGAUCAAGUACUAAGGCUUUUGAUUAGAUAGCAGCUUCAAAUAAUGAGGUUCAGGACCAAAUAAGAAAAAGCUAUGUUAGCCACCUUCCCACAUUGUCAGUUGUUCUUUUCUUCAGCUGGUUGUGAUGAGGAAUUGGGUAAGUAACUCAUACACAGAAUUUGUAAGGAGGCUUUGUAGUUGGCAUAUGAUGUAUAAAAGGCAAUACUUCAUGUAAGACAGCAAGGUGCUUCUUUAGCUUGUUACUUUGGGCAGAAUUUGAGUUUAAGUAAGUCUGUGAAACCGAAUGCAGACAGGCUAUUUGAAAGCACAUUCUUAAAUUUCCUGGUAUUGUAGCAUUUUGUUCACUGUGCUUGUCGGCUCUUUUGUGAAAUGUUACAACUUUGUUUUCAACUGCGUUAACCUCUUUUUGUCUUUGGUUGUCAUGUUCCUGUAUGAAGUUAGACUUUAAUCAUCUCUGUAAUAUUUACCCGUAGCUUGUAUGCCUGUGCUUCUAGGUCUUUGUCUAGAGACAGAACUAAGACUCCGAUGUCAAAUCAGGGUAAGAUACAUAUGUCUAAAUAAGUUGUUCCCAUUCCCCAAGUUCAAUCUGUUUAAUGGUCUUGAAUUAGAACUUAACUCUCAGCACACUCUUUGCACGUGGUUUUCUGCACUAUAAUAGUGUGGAGAUGGGAAACCUCACUAGGACCAGGAAAGCACAUCCUGUUACUUCAAGGCGAAAUAUUUCACUAUUUGGUGAAAAAGAAAAUCCCUUCUAAUUGGAGACUUAUCUCUAGAGCACUUUCUCUGGAUGAAAUCUUUAUUUAGUGCCAAGUGUGAUUAUAGGUACCAGUUAUGUUUCUGUAAAUAUGAAAGUAAAGCAUCUUGAGGAUUUCAGACAUUCAUUUUUCAAAGUGCCAAACUCUGUUUUGAAUGUCUGUCUUCCUCUCAGUCCCCCUACAGCAUGACUGCACUGCCAAAAAGAGACUCCUCUACCACUGUAAUGACUUCCUGAUCUGGCAGCAGACCUCAUCCUGGAACUAGGAUAGCAAAUGCCAUACCUGUCAUCCAAGCAUUAUAAAAGGAGACUGGGUUUUGAAAAGGGGUAAACCAUGAAGCAUUUUUCUGGGUGGCAGUUCAGAAUUUGUGGGAGCUGGAAACUCAUCACUUGAACUGUUUGAGAGUAAAGGUGGGAAGAGAUUAAUUUUCCUCCCUGAAAGCAUCGAUUUUUCCUACCUUUGUAAGUCAAUUCUUACUCCUCUUUGACAGCUAUUACCUUUAGUGCGGGGGGGGAACCCUACCAUUUUAAUCUACUUAAAAUAAGGUAAAAGAGUACUGCUAGCCACUUCCUCGUUUCUGACCAGAACGUGCUGCGUGUUUUGCAGAGAUUAAUUCAGUUCUUUGUGCCACCUAGCAAGACAGUAGCACACAGCACCAGGACUUAGAAAGGUAAGUGGCUGCCCAUGCUGUUUAACUGCCAGAACAUAGAAUGGUGUUUAUGUUGUUUUAGUGCCUCUUAAUUCCAGCCACAAUGUACAAUUAAAAAAAAUAAAAUAGGAUGGACAAUUUCUCCUAGAGGUGAAGGCGUGACUGGUAUUUGACACUCUUUCCUUAAUUGUGCUGCAGGGUUUGAAGUGGUGGUAUUUUGACAGUUAACCUAUAAGAACAGCUACUUUCAUCCCCUUAUGUAACUACUAGAGAGGGAAGCUGAAUAUUCAAAAUUCAAUUUAGUGUCCUUUGAAAAGAAAAAAAUCUAGUGGUGUUCAGCAGAACGCUGAGGAACCUCUGCAGAAACCAAACCCUUUUUCAGGCUUUUAUAUUCUCUUGCAUGCCUUAAAUAGUAGGCAAACUAGAUCCAUCUCUCCCUCCCCUUUUCUCCUCUGCUCACAGAGAAACUAAGAAUAAAACAUGUGAUUUAAACAUAAUAGAUAAGGCUAUAUUAUCAAUGCUGAAAAUAGCCUGUGUUAUGCCUCCAGAACUUCUUUUUCUUACAGCUGGCUGCUGGGCAGUUGAUGUCAGGAUGCUUGAACUAAGCCAGGCUUACCUUUAUCAAGCAUCUAACCAUUACUUCUAAUUUGCUCUUUCUUUGCUUUAGAACUCGGACAGACAAGAGUUGCAACUGUAUUGAGCUGUAUCUCUAACCCUUUUUAGGUUUGUAACCAGUGCUUGGCUUGUCUUGUAGAAAGCACAGCUCUGUCUUAUAUGUGCCUGACUACUGAGCUGAGAAUGCUCUUUGAGCUUUAGCACUUACUAGCAAAGAAAUCAGUUUGUUCCCAAAUUUUCUCAUGUCAGCAUUUGGAAAAUAAACACUUGUUUUAAGUAUAGAGUCUCCUUAUCUGUAAGUUAAGAGAAUAGAUAGGAAAAGCUUACAGGUUGGGGGUUUUUUUGGUUUAUUUUUUACAGCACUAAAACUGAUCUGUUCUUUUUUCCACUUGAAAUAACUUUGUUUCCAGAGGUUAUAUGCCUUGCCCAGUACAUAAGCCGUCCCUGCCAAAUCCAACGCAUAAUAAGGAAAGAUACUUGAACUGCAUUGGGCAGCCAUGGCUUUUGGCAUUAAGUGGGACAAAAGGUAGCUGCAUACUGUACAUAAAAGUACUUGAAUUUAUACUCUUGCAAAUGGGUGUUACAAACCCCGAGGUAUUUUCAGGAACUGGGUGAAGUAUUGUUUUUGUUAAAUCUCAUUUUGGCAUGAGUUAAUCAUAGUGUUAUUCAAACUAAUAAUUUUGCCUUCUGUUGUAUGUGGGCCUAGAGGUGUUGGGUGGUUAAGUGUACAUCUUAUUUUGACAAAAUUUAUUUUUAUAUUGCAUUUUAUAAAAUGGAGUGGUCAAAAUGUGUAAUUUUGAUGCAUGACUGGGUGAUUAAACACAUUGUAACAGCUGCUAAUUUGAUAU